AUGAUCGCAGGUUUUCUUCGCGCAGCGCGUGCAUUCCUUGCAUCUCAACAUCUCUUGUGACGUCACUCAGAGAUCAAGUGAACUCGUAGAACUUCGCAACAGCAAGGUUUUAAGCAAUUGUGGAGCAACCAUUGAUUGUUUUGUUUCGUUGCUUCCGACAGAAUUCACAUUUUAGUCCAUUUGUAAGAUGUCUCAGCUACAUCAGGAAGCGUUAAGAAGGCAACACGUUGUUGAUAAGAGAAACGUGAACGACUUGUCCUGGUUGUUGCAGAAAGAUGGCAGCCGUCAGAGUAAGCAGAAUUCCAGCCUUGGCUUGAGAAGUACACACAGUGCCAGCACUCCCAGCCAUUCAUUGCACAGUGGAUUAGCCAUGUGCAGUAGUUCUGGCUCCAGGAGCAAAGAAAUCGUGAUCACUGACCCUUACUUAGAUGCACUAACAAAGGAAACGAAAGCAAGGACCCGAAAUAGAUUAACAGUGAGUACUGACCAAGAUGUUGCUAGGUACCAGUUGUGCACACAGACUGAAUGGGCAGGUAGAUAAGUGAAUUAUUGGGUCAAGGGAUAGGGUGGAAGAAACCUGCAGUGGGGUAACAGAGGGUUGUCCAAUACACCCGAAGUGAGGUGAGUUGCCAAACUUUGUAGUCAACUUGUCUUACCAGAAGAUAGUGGUGAAGUACAAAAUGUAGUCGUCUAACAUUGUAGUGUAGUCUACUUACCGGAAGUUGAUUCAAGGAGUAAUUGCUGGUAUAUACAGGAAGUAAAGGUCGCAAGCGAUGAGUAAGCAUGACUUGACAUGAGUUGUGUUAUGGAGCAGUUGAGUCGUCAAAGCAAGACUUAGUGUAAAACUGGCUUGAAGACAAUUUGAUGG